AUGGCCAAUGACACAAUGAAAUCAUGGCAGUACUCGAUUUUCAGUGGAAAACUUGAGGACCACCUUACCAUCACCGAGGCACCCAUUCCCGCCCACUCAUCCCUGACUGGAGACCAGCUCCUUGUCCAGGUCAUCUCAGCCGCCAUCAAUCCCCUCGACUAUAAGCUGGCCGAGUCCGGUCUCAUGGGUCGCUUGGUGAUCCCACGGCCCGCGACGCCCGGCCUGGAUUUCUGUGGCCGCGUUAUCGCCAAACACCCUUCCAACACGGCCUUCGAGACCGGCCAGCUCGUAUUUGGAGGCUUCAACAACCCCGGGAAGAACGGGACAUUGGCGCAGUACACGGUCAUACCCGGCGCUUGUUGCUCCCCUCUGCCCUCCGGGGUCGACCCGGACCAGGCCGCGGCGGUGGGUACGGCGGCGACGUCCGCAUACCAGUCGCUGACGCCAAAGUCGCUCAAGCCGGGAUCCAAGAUCUUCAUCAACGGCGGCAGCGGGGGCGUGGGCACCUGGAGCGUCCAGUUUGCCAAGAUCCUUGGUGCCGACGUCGUCACAACCUGCUCACCGGAGAAUGUCGACAUGUGCAAGCAGCUCGGGGCAGACGAGGUCCUUGAUUACAAGAAGACGAACGUCAUUAAAGAUCUGAAGAAGAGGGGCAAGGUCUUUGACCUCAUCGUUGACAAUGUAGGGAGCAGCGCCGACUUGUACAGUGCAAGCGGCAGCAUUCUCAAGCCUCAUGGCGCCUACUACCAGGUGGGCGUGGGUAGCCAAUUGACGAUGGGCACAAUGGCUGCAACAGUGAAGAGACAGGUGCUGCCGAAGAUAUUCGGUGGCCAUCGGUAUAAUUUUCUUACUAUGAACAACAGCUCCGAGUUCCUCCGUCCGAUUGGGGAUUGGAUGGCUGAAGGGAAAGCCAAGGCAAUAAUUGAUUCCACGUUUUCGUUUGAGGAGGUUCCCGAUGCUUUCAGGAAACUGAAGGAGGGCCAUACCAAGGGUAAGAUUGUUAUCCAUGUCUCUCAGAGCCCGGAGGAGUAA